UGUUUACAAUUUUCUACGGGAAAGGAAAGUAGAUUUCAGUAGCGCUUUGCUCCACGAUUACAUUGAAAAUUAGUCGGAAAUCCAGUUUUGAGAUAGCUUCUGACAUGUCCUGUUGGGUACAUAUGAGACCCAAACUUGUAUUUGAUUCUGCGAAAGCUUUUUUCUAAAAGGUGUCGCGAAAAUGUGCGACAAAUUUAACCAGGAUGUUCAAUGUAAUCAAAUACAGGUGAAAUGUGAGGUGGAAGUUGCAUCUUCUGAUCAAAACAAAGAAAGUCAAUCAAACAUUGUUUGCAAUAAUGUUGAAGUAAGCCUAAAUCAAAGGAGAAAGCGUUUGCAUAUGGGCAUCGUUACGUGUGAUGAGGUUGGAAAUGCAUCCCUUGCUGAGCCGCAGGACCUUACAAGAAAUACAGAGAGAACAGAUGUUAACAGAGGGCUUUAUCCAGUUGUAAGAAACAAGAGAAGGAAAAUAGACACUGGGAAUGAUGAUGUACAAUUAAAUCAUAAUGCUGCAUGUCCAGGAUUUAUGCCGGCCUCACAAGCCCAUGGUUUUGUUUCUGCCAGUAACAUGUAUAGAAUUGACAAUUAUUCCAGACAGAACAAUGCUUCACCAGCAAAUACAUCUCAUUCAAAUUCCAGUUCACCUCGAAAACCACAAAAGAAAAUAAAGCAGAUUCUAAAUCAGGGAAGUAUUAUGAAUUUUAUUUCUUUAAAACCUAGUACACCAGAUAAGACUCACAGAAGCAAUGGUAUCAAAGAAGAAAAAGUUGAAUUAGACACUAAAAAUGAGAAGGUAUCUGCUACUACUGCUGAACAAAAAGAUGAUGAUGAUGAUGAUGAUGACAUCAGUGCUUUAUACACGGGGAGAUCUGUGAUGUUUUCGCCAAUUAAGAAGCAGGGUUCAGAUGAUGACUCUACUGCAUGUAUCUACAUCAGCGACAGUAGCCCUUCCAGCAGUCCAGCUUCUUCGCAAGGCUCACGGACCAACAGUCAGAGGUCCACAGUUGCAAACAAUGUAGUUGUUAAAAGACUGUUUGAAGCCCAAAAGACUGUUGAUAAAAAUGUACCCCAAAAAGGACCUAUGAAGCGGAAAAGUAUAAGUCAGAAACCCAGCACAUUGCCAUUCAUUUCAAAGAAUGAAUUAAGCAAUCUUAAAACUGAAGCUGCAAAGUAUUUUGAAAAUGACAGUUUUGAUAUGAAUGCUGUGUUUAACUCCGAUAUGGAGGAUUUUGCUGACAGUCCAAAGCCACCAAUUCCAGUUUCUAAAGCAACUAAAUCAGACAAGUACGGUCUUUUAGGAACAGGCUCAUAUCCAAGAGAGAACUCUGAGAAAGUCAAUUACUUUGAACGUCUUCCACCAGAAGUGCUGGAGAACAUAUUUUGUCAGUUGCCAAUGCUAGACUUGUCCCUCAACAGUAACCGCGUCUGUUCUCAGUGGAACUCAAUAAUUGGCAAUGAAAAGUUUGUUCCCUGGAAGAAGCUCUACAGCCAACUGAAGCGUAAUCAUGGCGACAGUCGUCAACGGCUACAGCAAAUCAUGUCUAAACACCACAUGACAUUCCCGUCCAAGUAUCUGGCUGCACUUGUCAGGUACAUGCGUGAUUUCAAGCCAGUAACAGCAGGAAACAUGAGAGAGUGUCUGAGUCGUCAUAGUAAAUACAAGCUGGCUUCUCAACUCUUGGAGGAGAGGCUGCCGGACUGUGUCAUACAUAAGAUCCCCAACCCUUGGAGCGUGAUCGCCCUGUUGGUGAUAUUGGCCCCUGACGUGUACGAGAUCCAGGAGAUCAUGAGCUGCCUGUCCAUCCCCACGUCCCAGUGUACAGCCAUGGAAAUCAUUGAGUGCCUCUACUGUAUUGCCUGCUUCCUGUUUGCGUUCAAGCUGGCUAAACGGGCAGAUGUUUGGAACGGGAUGCACUAUCGUCUAUUCUACGCACUAUAUCUGUUUGAAAAUGCUUCAUCUUCUUCCGCUGGCGAUCUCAAAACCAUCAUGGCAGACAGCAAAGCAGGGCAGCAGUCACUGUAUAAAUACAGUGCUGCUCAGGAUAGUGUACGGUUGACCCAUGAACAACUGCGGAUUGUGAAACACCAGGCAGGGCCACAUGAAGUCAUUAAAAUUGUCGCAUUCGCAGGUACGGGAAAGACAACCACACUUGUACGCUACACGCAGUUUCGCCCUGACAAGAAGUUUCUGCUGGUUGUUUACAACAAGUCUGUACGUGACUAUGCAAAAACCAAAUUUCCACAUAAUGUUGAGUGCCGCACUGGACAUUCAUUGGCAUUUGGAGUGUUUGGAAGACGAUUUGCGCACAAGCUGGGAAAUCUCAAGGUUUACACACUGACGCAGGCUCUCCAAGCUCGCAAGGGAAUCAACCUCUACCUACAGGCUAAGUUCGUCAUGACGACCCUCGAGAAUUAUUUUGCAUCAGCUGACGAAGCAAUAUCCAUGGAACACGUGCCGAGCGAACAGAUGGAUGAGAAAACUGGACUGAAGACAGCGAUUGCCCUCGGUGAAAAACGGGCCCUGGCAAUGGAUGCUCAGUCUAUCUGGCACAAGAUGCAGGAAUACAACGAAAAGAAGGUUGUCAUGACCCAUGACGGCUACUUGAAACUGUACCAGCUUUCUCGCCCGCGUCUCGACAGAUACAACUGUAUUCUCAUAGAUGAGGCACAGGAUCUCACACCUGCCAUCACAGACAUCUUGUUACGGCAGCCACAGGGUAAAAUCCUUGUUGGGGACCCCCAUCAACAAAUAUACAGUUUCCGAGGGGCGGUCAAUGCCAUGGAACUUAUCCCAGCUGACACAGUCUUCUAUCUCACUCAGUCUUUCCGGUUUGGCCCCGAGAUUGCCCAUGUGGCCAUGAGUUGUUUGGAGGUGUUGAAAGGGGAGACUAAGAAAACUCUCGUAGGCAGUGGGAAAAAAUGUCAAAUCAACGGGGACAGAGUUGGUCAGUUAGCCAUCAUCUGCCGGUGUAACUUUACUGUGUUCAGCGAAGCCGUGAAAAAGUGUUGCUACUCGAAUGAGGAAUGCAGGGUUGCAUUUAUUGGCGGCACAGACAAUUUUGGCUUUCCGAUGCUCAUGGACAUGUACAGUCUUACGCUGCCUCAGAAUGAAAGAGAGAAAGAGGGUCAUGUAGUAAAGAACAAGUUUGUUGCCAUGUUCAAAACACUUGGCGAUCUGGAAAAGUUUGCGACAAAAUCCCUGGACGUGGAGCUUCAGGGAAAGAUUAAGAUCGUGAAGACGUACCACCACAAUCUGCCCGUGUUUAUAAACAAGAUACAGAGCAAAUGUGUGCGGGAUGAAAGGCAAGCAGACUAUGUGUUCAGUACCGCCCACAAGGCCAAAGGUCUUGAGUUCAGCACAGUGCGGGUGACCGACGACUUUGCGGGUGACAUUUCCCGGGCAAUCAUCGUGAUGCCGAACCCAGUGGCAGGGCUCGCUGACCUUGCACGUGGGUGGGGCGGGGAAGAGAAUGAUCGGGAGGAGGACCUGAACUAUAUCGCCGUCAGACCCAGCAGUGAGUGUAAGGAGGAUGAGCAUAAUCUACUGUACGUGGCAGUCACCCGUGCCAAGAAUGCCCUCCAAAUGUCACCUACCCUUCUAACCAUUUUAAAAAGAGCUGGGAUUCGGUUCACAUACCCAGUAUCGAGUGCAAAGCUUGCAGAGCGAGUUGUGCCGUUUAGGUGUCUGGAGACGAAUGCAGAGUUCAAACCCCAUUGUGUGACCCUGGAGAAGCAGAAAAUUACCUUGGCUGAUGGGACAGUCAGAGAAGGAGGGGUUUAUAGCCCCGCCCUGCUGACGGAGGACAGUCACAGCAUGGCGGAACUGUUGGGGCUUUCUCCACAGGAGAUUAAGGAAAAGCAAAAACUGGAGGAGAAAUUAUGAUCCCACCAUGCUAAGGUGUCCAGCUGAAAUCAAAACAAACAUGGAGUGGGACUUGUUUAAAUUUGUGAUGUGUUAUACAUGUAGUUGAAGUUGACAUCAAAGACUGUACCGCUAUAUUCUCACUGUCAUUAUGAAACAAUUCGUUUUACAGAGAGUACCAAAUUCAGUGCAUGCUCAUGUGUUACUUUUAUCUGUCAUUUUCUGUGUUUUUGGUGCUACUAUUAUGACAGUAUAGUGGUAUGUGGUGUUUCAUUUGAAUAUUUCGAUGUUUAAAGAAAUUGUGUUUACAAUCUACAUUUGUAUUUAUUUAUUAAUGAAAAUAUUAAAUGAAAAUAUAAUUAUUGUAGGUUUAAAACCAAGUGGGGUGUUCCUCCAGUAUUUACUUGGUGUAUUAUUGGCAAUAUCUUAUAUUGUAUGCUAGUAGUUGGUUCUACUUGACUGAAUAAUAAAUAAGGGAUUGUCUUUAGUUGUCUUGUACAGUAUAACAGCACACAGUUUAAGAGAAUUUUAUACCAAAAAACGCUUAAAUACUUACUUUUCACAUGCAUCUUACCAGCUCGCUAGACUAGUCACCAGAUGAUACCAUGGAAAAUUUUUUUACUUAAAAUCCCAGUAAAUUUUAAAUAAAAUGUGUCGAUAUAUGUAUCUGUACAAAUCACGUGACUUUCACAAGCUAAAUAUACACACUAUAAACUCGUUUUACACGAGAGUGCCUAAUUCAGUGCACGUUCAUGUGUUACUAUUAUGACUAUUAUCAAUUUCUGUGUUUUAGCGUUAGUAUGUAAAAGUGACAUGGUGGGUCAUUUGAAUUCAAUGUUUAAAGACCGACCGGUCUGUUCAACCAAAUUUUCAUUUAUUUAUUAACGAAAAAAAUGAUUUGUAAGUUUAUAAAACAAGAGGGGUAUUCCUAGAGUAUUAUCCUAGAGUACAACAGGCAAGAUUUUAUAUCGUAUGGUAGGAUUUGGUUCUACCUGACGGAGGGAAUUGUCUUUAAUUGUCUUGUACAGUACAUGUAUAACAGCACGCAGUUUUAAAAAAUGUAUUUCAUAACCAUCUUAAAUGUUUAUUUUUUCACAUGCACCUAACCAGCUCGCUGCCGUACAUGUGUGAUAUUGGUCUUAUAGUUAAAGGGACAAGACACCAGAUUAUACCAUUGCAAGAAUAAAAAUUGUCAACAACUUACAUAAAAUUAAUAUCGUUGUGCGCGUUACUAUUACUUACUUACUGAUGUUUCACAUCGCAACGACGCAUGUAUCCUUCGCAGUUUUUCCAAUUCGAAACUUACAAGGGUUUGUCUACUACGUAAAUCCUAGUCAUUUUAAAAAUAGCGCCGGUAUAUGUGUCUGUACUAAUCGCGUGACUUUAACAUGCUAAAUUUACACUCUAUAAACAAUAAAUAGUCGUUUAAUCAUGUAAAAUGAUGUAUUAUUGGCUUCAUUCUAGUUCGUAUUGAUCAAUCUAAGCUUGUUUUGAAGAUGUACUAUAUUUUCCGAUUUUGGGACCAUCCGGUGUCUAGUCCUUUUAAAUUUCUUGAAUGGGCAGUAUUGGCAUCUUGCGAAAUAAAUAAAAAUACAAAGAAAACUAUGUAAUAAUUUAAACUUGUUAUGGAAAUUUUAAACUAAUAAGAAGGGCUGGGUGAGUGAGCCCAUUCCAAGUCAAUAAGAUUUUAGAGAAUAUGCUCCAACUGACUUCAAACCAAAUCUCAUCGUUGUUAAGUCUUUCAUAUUCAAUUCUUAACGAUAAAGAAUGUGACUUGUACUAAUUGAAGGUCGAUUUCAUAGGCCAGAAACUCAGAUUUUAAGUUGUGAUACUGUAAUGGUUAACCUACACGUGUAUAGGCUUUUAAUGCCAACAAGUUGCCUUAUGUAAACUCAAUCUGGGACCAAUAAUCAAGCUCCCAGACUUCACGAAGACAACAUGUUGUUCACGUAUCAAAGCUUGUUUGCGCGAUUUGGAGCUUUUUCAUUAUCACCAUAUUGCAGUGUUAGUAUUAUCAGGUGUUCAUCAACAUGUCUUGUAACUCCUAAGCCAUGGUCUUAUUAUGUUUUGCGAAUAAAUAUUUUAGUCUUCGUUUUUUAAGCAUGGUAGACACAGAGGGGGGACUUGUUCGGCGUCGUCGGUUAAGUAAAAUGUUUUAUGAAUACCGGCCAAGAGUUCAGUAAAGUUAACAGUCGCCCAUGUUAGGUAACAAAAUCAAACUGUUUUGAUCAGUAUCCUUGUUAUGUUGCAUCGAAGCGCAUACUUCACCGCAUGUCGGAAACGAAGUCGCAAACGUUAGUGGCAAGGUUAUUCAUAAAGUAUCUAAAGUCAUAACUUUUAAUUAGUCAUUUUUCCAAAUAUAUUUUUGUAAAUUUAAAAAAAAAUACUACAGGCAAUAUCAUAAAAGUAUGUACAUAACAUAAGAUUGAUAUAUAAUAUCAUAUGACCGGUGAAAUACAUAACUUAGAAGGUUAUGAAGAAGAAGGUUUCUUUCACAUCCAAUAAGCCAUGAGGACAAACACAACACAUGUAUUUACGAAUAUUUACAAUGGUACAUACACAUACAUGUUUAGGAGAAGGCACACAAUAUUUUCUUUGAAGAAAAUAAUAUUACUUAUCAUUGUAAGUAAGUUGUAAAACAUUGUUAUAGAUAGAACUGUUAAUAAUGCUUCCAUUUCCAAGCUCUUUUAUUCGUUUG